GCCGGCGGCAGCCUCUACUUCGCCUAUGGCAGCAACCUUUGGAUCAGCCAGAUGGCCAAGCGCUGCCCCGAGAGCUCCUUCAAGGGGAAGGGCACGCUGGAGGGCUACCGGUGGCAGAUCAACCAGCGGGGCGUGGCCAACGUCGUCAAGGCGCCCGGCCAGUCCGUCGAGGGCCUCGUCUUCUCCGUCACGGCGUCGGACGUGAGGACACUGGACCGCAACGAGGGAAUCUCGCGCAAGUUCUACGAGCGCCAGUUUCUGCCCGUCAUUCUGGAGGAGCACCCGCUCCUCGCGAACCAAAAGACGUCUCAGGUGGCGCGGUGGCUGGAACAGAACCGCGACGACAAGGACGUCAAGAUAAUGUCGGGCGCAUUCGAAGAGCGCUACCCCGCCGUCGUCUAUGUCAGCGAGAAGUUCAAGGACGACGGGCAGAUCCGCACGGAAUACAUCAAGCGAAUGCAAAGCGCCGCUGCCGACGCCAUCGCCCUCGGCGUCUCCACCUCGUGGGUCAACGGCGCCAUGGGCCGACACAUU